UUAAAAUGGUCUGUUUCCUAAAAAGAUUAAGAGUGUGCACUUUGGAGUUGGACAGAUAUGGGUUUGAAAGGUAGUUGUGUAACCACUAGCUCUGUGACCUUGGGAAGUUACCUAAUAUUGGUGGGCCUCAGUUAUUUUAUUUGUAAAAGUGAGAUUGAUGAUAAAAGUAGCAAACACCCAUUGAGUGCUUAUUAUGUGCCAGGAAGAUGUAAAAAUUUCCAUCCGUUUCAAUAAUAGUACCAUAUGGGAAAAUGAGUUAAGUGAUUGGUGAAGUGGCUUUCCAUGGCCACAAAGGAGGCAGCUGACUUGAACCAAGGUCAGCCUGACUCUAGAGAUGGUGCCUUUACAACUACUACCCAAUAUCUAGCUCAUUGGGCUAUUGUGAUGAUUAAAUUUGGGAAUGGAUGUGAUCCUCAAUGCACAGGCCCGACACAUAAAGAGCUCCAUCAAUCAGGCUGAAUCCCAUGAAGUUGCUGAUACUUGAUCGAUUUUUUAACCACCUCAAAUGACCAUUUCAUAUGGUUCAACCUAGAAGAUGAUGAUAAUGACGAAUCAUUAAUGAACAGGUUAGCCAGGCUGAAGAGAUUUUUUCAAAAAACGAGUAGGGGAUGAAAAAUUGAUGCAUGUUUCAAAUAAGUAUUAUUUCUUCAAAUGAGUUUCAGAAAGCAGGUUUCCUUCCGCUCUGUGACACUAGGUCGGUGCUAUGUAAUGACCUGGAUAUGAAUGAGGUACCUACGAACUUCCCUGUGGACACUGUGAAGCUUCGCAUAGAGAAGACCGUUGUCCGUAGAAUCCCCGCCGAGGCCUUCUACUACCUGGUGGAGCUCCAGUACCUCUGGUUGACUUAUAAUUCUGUGGUCAGCCUUGACGCCAGCAGCUUUUACAACCUGAAGCAGCUGCAUGAGUUGCGCUUGGAUGGAAACUCUCUGGCUGCUUUUCCUUGGACAUCUCUGAGGGACAUGCCCCGUCUAAGGACCCUGGAUUUGCACAAUAACAGAAUAACCAGUGUGCCAAAUGAGGCGGUCAGGUACCUGAAGAACCUCGCCUACUUGGAUUUAUCAAGCAACAGAUUAACCACACUUCCACCAGAUUUCCUGGAAAGCUGGUCCCACUUAGUUACAAUAUCGUCCAGAAGCCUGGACCUUUCACCAAGAAGAAUUAUUCUCGGUCUGCAGGACAACCCAUGGCUCUGUGACUGUCACAUUUCCAAAAUAAUGGCAUUGUCAAAAAUUGCUGACCCUGCAGUAGUACUUCUUGAUCCACUGAUGAUUUGCAGUGAACCUGAACGCCUCGCAGGGAUUUUGUUCCAGCGGGCUGAGUUGGAGCAGUGUCUAAAGCCAUCGGUGAUGACCUCGGCCACCCAGAUCACAUCUGCUCUGGGCAGUAAUGUUCUGCUGCGGUGUGAUGCCACUGGCUACCCCACCCCACAGCUCACGUGGAGCAGACCAGAAAGCUCGCCAGUUAAUUAUACAGUAAUUCAGGAAUCUCCAGGGGAGGGAGUCAGAUGGUCCAUAAUAAGCUUGACAGGCAUUUCUUACAUGGAUGCUGGGGAUUACAAAUGUAAGGCCAAAAAUUUGGCUGGGAUGUCAGAAGCUGUGGUUACUGUGACAGUGGUUGGUGUCGUCACAACGGCUAUAUCAUCAGACAGUUCUGAAAGAAGAACUGAGGAUCACCUGGAGGAAGAGGUCCAGCCAGGAUCUAGAAGAUCUACAUCUCUGCCUGAUUCAUCAUCCUCUCCGUGGCCUUACUCCUCCUCUCCUUCCUCCCCGGCUUCUUCUACUUUUCUUCCUACUUCUAGUUCGUCUCUUCCCUCCACCGCUUCUUUCUCCUUAUCUCCUUUCUUCUCCUCCCCUGUUUCUUCAACCACAACUCUAAGAACUAGAAUUUCCACAAGCACCACCAUGGCCAGGUGGCAGUCAUUCCGCCCAAAUGGAAAAAGAAAUUUAAAGGUGGAGAUAGGUGGCGGUAAGCUUCCCCUAGCUAGUGCAAGUAAAAGAGAAGAGUUGGCAUUGCUGGAUCGAGCCCUGCCUAUGGAGACGAAUGCCACAAUAGAAAACCUCCAGGUGGUCAGUGAGACCAAAGAGAGUGUGAUUUUGACGUGGAACACCAUUAACACCACACAGAACUCAGAAGUGACCGUGUUGUAUUCCAAGUAUGGUGAGAAGGACCUGCUGCUGCUUAAUGCAGACUCCAGCAAGAACCAGGUCACCAUAAAUGGCUUGUUGCCUGGUCGGCAAUAUAUAGCAUGUGUCUGUCCAAAAGGAAUGCCUCCCCAGAAAGACCAGUGUAUCACCUUUUCUACUGACAGAGUUGAAGAAGAAGGUGAUUCUCAAGGGUUUUUCCUUAUGGUGGUGAGUGGUGCUGCCUGUGUCAUUAUCUUGCCAUUGAUUUUUUUCUUGUUGUACAAAGUUUGCAAAUUGCAGUGUGCAUCAGAAUCCUUCUGGGAAGAUGAUUUGGCAAAAGAGACUUACAUCCAAUUUGAGACUCUGUCCCCCAGGUCUCAAAGUGUAGGGGAAUUUUGGACGCGAAGGCACAGAGACAAUUCAGAAAAAUUGCUGCUUUGUUCUAGGUCAAGUGUGGAAUCUCGGGACUUUUAAAAGUGAGGGUUCUGGACCAGAGUCUUACUGCUAAAGUCUUACAGCUCAGGCCCAUGUGAGCUCCACAACAUUUCUUCCACAAAAUUAAGG